AUGGACAAAUUACUACUAAUUCUUAUAUUACUGGUGUUACUGGGCGCGACAAAGGCAGAUGACUGUAAUAACGUGGACCUUGACUUCAGCGAGUUGACAGAUCUGUUUCAAACCAGAAGAAACGAUCGAUUUUUGUUACGCAAUUUACCCAGAGUGUUGGAAAAGAUACAGUGUUUAGACCUAAAGUUGAACUAUCUUGUUGAGGAGGUAGAAUCCAUGCAGAGAAACCGAAGGUCAUCGAACCAUCAGUUACCAAAGAUGACAAGUACAAGGAAAGUUAUACACAGGAGGUCACGACAUUGA